AUGACCAUGACCAACUUCCUACCUUCAGCCUCUGAUGGAAACUGCUAUUACAUCCUUACAGAAGACUGUGCCUACGGCAGCAAGUACUUCCAAGCAGGAAACAUGUGCUUCUGCAGCGAGAGGAAUUACCUGCGCAACUUCACUGAUGACCACAGGCCCCCAGCUUGCUUCUUGAAAGUCAUCAUGCUGGAUGACAGCUCCACUGUCACCAUCAACAUAGAAAUCCUUCAGCCCGUGCGUGAGGAGGUGGCCACCUUCCUCCUGGCUGUUGGUGGCCACAACGAGCGCUUGAACUACUUCUUUGAGAGGCUGAGCUUGGACAGAGCUCUGAGGGCAGUGCCAGGGCAGAAAGUGGUGGUGGAGGUUGACAGGCACCGUUUCCCUGGAAUCAUCCGUUACAUUGGGAGCAUCUACAAAACCAGUUCAGCUGUCCUGUCUCCCUCCUACUUCGGGGUGGAGCUACAGGGCGAGGGGGAAAACAAGGGGUGCAACGACGGAUCCCACCGCGGCACCGAGUAUUUCAAGUGCAAGAGGAACUGUGGGAUCUUCCUGCCUUUUAACAAAGUCCUGUUUCUUCCCAUAACUGAUGACGAUGAUGUGAAACAGAAGGGAAAUCUGGACAUGGAAGAGGGGGUUCCUGUGAAAGUGGGAGAUGCAGUUAGUUUCUACGUGGAUGAAGUCCUCACCAGAGGAGUGGCCAUGGCAGUUUACAGGGAGGGAACCCAAUGGUUUGUUAAAGUUUGUCCGGAAGAAGAAGGAACAACUGACAUUUUCAGAGAAAUCCCCAUGGACUCUGUUGUGAAGGAAAGCUUGCCAAGUAGAAGUUUGUUUUCAUCCUUCGAGCCCGACGUGGGCUUGGGACCCCCAAACCAACUGAAACGAGAGAUAAGUGAGAGUGCUGAGGAGUGUGAAGGUGGGAAUCCACCUCUGGAGGUGAAUUCCAUGGUCCAGAUCACCUUGGACAAAGGAAAUCAAGUUUCGGGAAUCAUCCGCUGGGUGGGCUACUUGCCCCAAAUCAAGCACAAAAUGGCAGGAGUUGAACUGGAUGAAGACAAAGGGGUCACUGCUGGGGAGUGGUUGGGCCAGUACUACUUCCACUGUGCUCCCAAGCGCGGGCUCUUUGUGAAGCUGCAGUCCUGCCAGCCCGACGUGCGCUUCCAGUGUUCCCACCAGGGCCACUUCAGCCUGCUGGAUUAUGGAGAGCAAGAAGUCCUUCCACAGACUCCAGAGAGUUUUCCUCCCCUCAGGAAUGAGGCAGCAGUGCAUGUUCUGCGAGGGAAGAUGAAGGGGAUCCAAGGCCACUGUAAUUCCUGCUAUAUGGAUGCAGCCCUUUUCAGCCUCUUCUCCUGUACAUCCGUGCUGGACUCCAUGCUCUUCAAGCCCUUCCCGCUGUGUGACAGGAAUGUUCAGAGCAUCCUGCGGGAUGAGAUUGUGAAUCCACUCCGAAAGACUGGCUUUGUCUGGGCGAGGAGUGUGAUGCACCUGAGGGAGCAGCUGACUGAGAAGGGCCAGUGCUCCAGCUUCACCAAUGCUGAGAAAGAUCCUGAGGAGUUCCUCAAUCUCAUCAUGCACCAGAUCCUGGGAAUAGAGCCUCUCCUGAAGCUGCAGUCAGGAGGCCAGAAGGAGCAGGACUGUUACUGUUACCAGAUCUUUAUGGACAAACAGGAGGAUCUGGUGGUUCCUGACGUGCAGCAGUUAGUGGAACGCUCCUUCCUGUCCUCCGAGCUGAAGCUGGUGGAGAUCCCAUCUUGCUUCAUUAUCCAAAUGCCACGCUUUGGGAAGGAAUAUAAAAUGUUCAGCAAGAUCAUUCCUUCCUUGGAGCUGGAUAUCACAGAUCUGCUGCUGGACAGUCCCCGGGAGUGCUGCAUCUGUGGCGACGUCGCCAGCCUGGAGUGCUCGGAGUGUUUCAAAGACCGAGUGUUUGCGGCGACGGGCCUGAAGCAGUUCUGCAGCACCUGCUCCAGACAGGUUCACUCCCACCACCAACGUAAAUCCCACAAGCCAACCAGGCUGCACAUCCCAGAGGAAUUUCACAGGCGGAGCCCCCGAGGCAUCCAGCAGGUCCCUCGGGAGAAGAUGGAGCUCUUUGCAGUGCUCUGCAUCGAGACCAGCCAUUACGUCUCCUUCGUCAAGUAUGGCCCCGAGAACCAGCACUGGAUGUUCUUUGACAGCAUGGCUGACAGGCAGGGUGAUGAAAAAGGCUUCAACAUUCCCAAGGUAACGCUGUGCCCUGAGGUUGCCAAAUACCUGGACUUGCCACUCUCUGUCCUGGCCCUGGAGCCACCUCGGGACAUGGAUGGGGUGGCCAAGCGCCUCUUCUGCGACGCCUACAUGUACAUGUACCAGAGCAAGAAGAUGGCACUUUACAAAUGA